AACAUUCAAGCCCGGGGGCGGGGCCGGCGCGCGCCGGGAGGAAGCGGCCGCGCGGCAGCUGCGGGGCGUGGGGGUGGUGGCGGCGGCGGCGGCGUCGGCGCGGCAGCUGAGGCCGAGGAGGCGGUGGCUGUGGCGGACGCAGCGGCACCCCAGCUAGGGACAGGGUUCCGCCGCGCCCCCUUGCUGGCCCCAUGGAGGCGGCAGCGGCGGCUGCGGCGGCAGCGGCGGGCGGGGGCUGUGGCUCCGGGCCGCCGCCGCUGCUGCUGAGCGAGGGCGAGCAGCAGUGCUACUCUGAGCUCUUCGCGCGCUGUGCCGGCGCCGCAGGCGGGGGCCCCGGGUCUGGGCCCCCCGAGGCUGCCAGAGUCGCCCCCGGCACGGCCACUGCGGCCGCCGGCCCCGUGGCUGACCUGUUUCGGGCGUCGCAGCUGCCUGCCGAGACGCUGCACCAGAUCACAGAACUGUGUGGUGCAAAGCGGGUUGGUUAUUUUGGUCCAACACAGUUUUACAUUGCCCUGAAAUUAAUUGCUGCAGCACAAUCUGGCCUCCCGGUGCGGAUAGAGAGUAUUAAAUGUGAAUUGCCUCUGCCUCGCUUUAUGAUGUCAAAGAAUGAUGGUGAGAUACGAUUUGGGAACCCAGCUGAGCUGCAUGGAACUAAGGUUCAGAUUCCAUAUUUAACUACAGAAAAAAAUUCCUUCAAAAGAAUGGACGAUGAGGAUAAACAGCAGGAAACACAGUCUCCCACGAUGUCACCCCUCGCCUCCCCUCCUUCUUCCCCGCCUCAUUACCAGAGGGUGCCCUUGAGCCAUGGCUACAGCAAACUGCGGAGCAGCGCAGAACAGAUGCAUCCAGCACCUUAUGAAGCUAGGCAGCCCCUUGUCCAGCCCGAGGGAUCCUCAUCAGGGGGCCCAGGAACCAAGCCCCUUCGGCAUCAGGCUUCCCUUAUCCGGUCCUUUUCAGUGGAGAGAGAACUACAGGAUAACAGCAGUUACCCUGACGAACCCUGGAGGAUAACAGAAGAACAGCGCGAGUACUAUGUCAAUCAGUUCCGAUCCCUUCAGCCAGACCCAAGCUCUUUCAUUUCAGGUUCUGUGGCCAAGAACUUCUUCACCAAAUCAAAGCUUUCCAUUCCAGAACUCUCCUAUAUAUGGGAGCUUAGUGAUGCUGACUGUGAUGGAGCCCUGACCCUUCCUGAGUUCUGUGCUGCGUUUCAUCUCAUUGUGGCUCGGAAGAACGGCUACCCAUUGCCUGAGGGCCUGCCUCCAACUCUGCAGCCAGAAUACCUGCAGGCAGCUUUUCCUAAGCCCAAGUGGGACUGUCAAUUAUUUGAUUCUUAUUCUGAGUCACUGCCGGCAAAUCAACAGCCUCGUGACUUGAAUCGGAUGGAGAAGACAUCUGUUAAAGACAUGGCUGACCUUCCUGUCCCUACCCAGGAUGUAACUAGUGAUGACAAACAAGCUUUGAAAAGUACUAUCAACGAAGCCUUACCAAAGGACGUGUCUGAGGAUCCAGCAACUCCCAAGGAUUCCAACAGUCUCAAAGCAAGACCAAGAUCCAGAUCUUACUCUAGUACCUCCAUAGAAGAGGCCAUGAAAAAGGGCGAGGACCCUCCCACCCCGCCACCUCGGCCACAGAAAACCCAUUCCAGAGCCUCCUCCUUGGAUCUGAAUAAAGUCUUCCAGCCCAGUGUGCCAGCUACCAAGUCAGGAUUGUUACCCCCACCACCUGCGCUCCCUCCGAGACCUUGUCCAUCACAGUCUGAACAAGUGUCGGAGGCCGAGUUACUCCCACAGCUGAGCAGAGCCCCAUCCCAGGCUGCAGAAAGUAGUCCGGCAAAGAAGGAUGUACCGUAUUCUCAGCCACCAUCAAAGCCCAUUCGUAGGAAAUUCAGACCAGAAAAUCAAGCUACAGAAAACCAAGAGCCUUCCACUGCUGCAAGUGGGCCAGCUUCUGCAGCAACCAUGAAACCUCAUCCAACAGUCCAAAAGCAGUCUUCCAAACAGAAGAAGGCCAUUCAAACUGCUAUCCGCAAAAAUAAAGAGGCAAACGCAGUGCUGGCUCGGCUGAACAGUGAGCUCCAGCAGCAGCUCAAGGAGGUUCAUCAAGAACGAAUUGCAUUGGAAAACCAAUUGGAACAACUUCGUCCAGUCACUGUGUUGUGACCCCCCAUGGUUCAAGUGACAGUGGGUGACCUUGUCUGCCAAGAUCUUUCUUUUGAAUGUUUUGAACCCAACUACUUGUCAUAGAUGUUUGACUGUGUCAAAAGCUGUGAGCAGCAAAAUAUAAUCCAUAUGACCUUUUCUCUUGCACUUCACUUGUAUGUUUUACUGUGGUGGAAAAAAUACUUCAACUGAUUAUCACACUUGAAAUGCUAAUUAUCAGUGGAAUUUGUCUCCUAUUCUUAAGUACUUCUGCAAGGUAUUAGAUGCUGCUCCUUACCAAAAAUCAGUCUUCUAGCAAAUAAAAAUAACUUAGAGCAUUAUUUAUUUAAAGAAUUUAUGUUUUCUAUAAAACCUUAUAACCAAGAACCUUCAGGAUGCUUGUAACCAAGUACUUUCAGGAUGCUUUUUGUAUGUAUAUCACAUAGAGUAGGUUGGUUUCCUGAGUAAUUGGGAUUCCAACUAGAUAGUCAUUGGUGUGACCAUAAUAAAAACAAAAGCUAAAAUAAAAGCAUCAGAUUUAGACUGGCGCUGUGCCCUCUACCACUAUAUGCCAAAAAUUGCUUCUCUAGUGCCAUUUUGAUAUUAUAUCUAGCUAUAAAUAAUACAUGACUAUUGUUUUCUAUUGAAUGUCAAAGACUUACUGGGUCUUUACACCUCUGUAAAGUGGAGGUUUUGGCAAUGAGCUAUUUAACCUGGCCAAGCUAGGCUGUCAACCCAGACAACUCAGUCCUUUCAUGUAAAUUUUUGGGCAAGAGAAGUCUGCUUUGACUGCCUUGCCUGACCAAAUUAAAUAAAUAGUUGCCAGAUCUCUACUUUUAUCCUGCAUGGGAUAAUAUAUCUGUAAAUGCAUGAGUUUGGAAACCACCCAUCAAAUACGAAAGGCUGAUGAGACUGUUAGGAUUGAUAAACAUUUGUUGUUUGAACCCAGGUAUCCAAACUGGGGAAGAAGGGGAAAUGGUUGUUACCAACAAUCUCUAGUAGUUAUUUUAAUCUUUAUUUUAACCUGGAUUGCAAAUGUAUGGGGUAUGAAGAGAUAAAGAAAGUGGUCCUCAUGCUGGAUAUAUGACUGUUUUGUUCUCUGUAAAGUGUAUUCUUGGGAAGUGAUUGGUUUAUAUCAGAUUCAGAGGAGCCCAAUUAACUCCAGUGUAGGUAAUGUAAAACAGUAAGCUCAAAUUGCAGAAGCCAGUAUCCUACAGAAAUUGAAGUAGCUACUGCUUCUCCUUAAAGCCCAAGUUGAAAAUGGGACCUCGGGGGCACAGGGCUACUGACCCUCACAGGGCAUGCCAGCGUUAACACCACUUUGAGAGACUAAUGGCAAGAGAUGCUGUCUCUUUUGCAUUUUACUAAUUUCCCCAUUCUUAGGGUAGCAGGGUGGGGGUGUACAGGGUCUUUUUGAAGCAGUUUUGGAUAGGUUUGCAAUAUGUGGGAUUCAGCCUUUGAUUUCAAUAGAGUUGAGAGCUUUUAGAACAAGCAGGCAUUUAUUUAAUGUUUCCUUAGUCCAUUGGCAAACUUUAUCAAUAGCUUAAUGGCAGAGGAUAAAGGCUCAAACAGAUGAUGUUUUUCCACAGAAAAACAAAUUGUCAAAUCUACUCCGUGCAUAUUUAAGGAUUUUGAAUUGAUUUUGAAAAUCAUGAAACUUGACUAUUUCCCUAUUCCCUUUUUUUCUUCCCCAUUUGCUGCCUUUUUUGUUUUUGUGGGGGAAGGGUUGGGAGUAAGUUUAAACUCUUCCGAAGAUUAUGAAUGGGUCAGCACAAAUUUUUAGGCAACUGCUUUUUCCAUGUUCUGAGAUCUAGGGGCUACAACAAAUUUUAUCAGCAGUGUUUUUUUUUGUUUGUUUGUUUGUUUGUUUUUUUUUGAGAUGGAGUCUCGCUCUGUCACCCAGGCUGGAGUGCAGUGGCAAAAUCUUGACUCACUGCAACCUCCACCUCCCGGGUUCAAGCAAUUCUCGUGCCUCAGCCUCCUGAGUAGCUGGGAUUACAGGCGCCCACCACCACGGCCGGCUAAUUUUUGUAUUUUUAGUAGAGAUGGGAUUUUGUCAUGUUGGCUAGGCUAGUGUCGAACUCCUGACCUCAAGUGAUCCACGCGCCUUGGCCUCUCAAAGUGCUGGGAUUACAGGCGUGAACCACCCGCCCGGCUAUCAACACUGUUCUUAUUGCAGACGUUUCACAGCAUGUUUGGCUUUUGGUAAAUUCAAUCCAGGAAAUACUAGCAUGUGCACUUUAUCUCAUAAUCUUCCAGUACAUAUGCUCUCAGUUGGGAUAGCACUUCAUUUCCAUUAGGCAGACGUAUAAACUAAGGAAUGUUAGUCUGCAGUGUUCAUUUUAAAAAUAUUGACAUGCUUUUCCCCUCCCCUCCAUGAAGUCAGUGCCAGAGUGAGCCAUAUUGGGAGGUUGGGGUUUUGUUUGGUUGGCUUGGUUUUCAUUAAGGGAAAAAACUUGCACUGGACAAUCAAAUUCCCCUGAGUUUCAUAAUCUCAUCAAUAUUUUAAGAUAGGCAAGCACACACUAAUAAUAACUGUACCUACCUUCUUGGGUGGACUUAACUGUAACCACAGUUUAUUAGUUGCUUAGAAGUGAAUUUUUAAAAAACAGUUAAAUGUGUGUGCAUAACACACAAGUAAUGACACACUACUAUUAUUAUUACCUAAGUAGUGCUCAUCCUCUCUUUCUGUGUUUUCUUAGGAUGUACACUUUAAUUUAGGAUUGUAACGCCUGAUAAUAUUUCUAUGAGCCUUUAAUGUGAUUUAUAGGAUGGCUGAAUUACUGAAAUCACCAUUAUACCUCUUCCAUAAAACUACUCCAAGAUUAGACCUGCCUGUUGGGGAGAAUUCUGUAGACAGAAGGUCAAUGUUGUCCCCAUCCAUAGGGGUUGAAUUACCUUGCUGUUAAGUGGUCUUCCCCCAUUGGGAUCCUACAGUCCCCCAGAUGAAAGCACAGUAGUAGCUGACAGCUGGCUUAUUUGGUCCCUCGGCAUCUCUCGUACGUGACAUAUUGCUUUUGCUACUUUCCUAUCCAGCAGACAUCAAAGCAAAACUAAAAGGUAGAUAUCUGGAAUGAAUGUAUAUGUUGUAAUUGAGGCAGAUAUUUGCCUUAAUUGGAAGGAUCUAACUGCUUUACAAAUAUUAAACAAGUGCUUGGGCAUGAUUGGGAGAGGAGGCAGCUUAGCUGGAAGCUGUGCCCAUCUUACUGUCACUGGAGAAUAGGAUGUCAGAGCUGGGCAGGACUGGUACCCAUCACUUGCAGUUUGCAUGUGGGGAAACCAAAGCCCUAAGAAAAAGCAGUUGCUGGCCCAAAAAAUCCAUAGAAAGAGGUAACUUGUGACAGAUUUGGGGCACCAACCUGAUUUUAUGGCUUUCGAGUUAGAUUCUCUACCCUCUAUCAAUACUAAAAAUAGAUUAGGAGGGUUUUUUUUCUGUUUAUCAUGUUGAAUUUCAUUGACGUAAUUAGUCUUUAAAUUUGAAUACAUGUUUUAGGGAGUUUAGUUCUAGAAAUUUCUCUUGGAUUGAAGUGACAAAAUCUGAAAGAAAAGAAUAUGACUGAGCUAUUUGUUUUCCUGAACACCUCACCUUUUAGGAUGCAGUAAGUUACUCUGAGUUUCUUGGCAGAGUUUUUGACAGCUGUUGCUUUCAAUGGAUUCUAUUCCUGUAUUCCUUAUGGGAGGUUGUUUUUAAAAUAGACUACUGCGAUUGAAAUGAACUCAAUAUGUAGUUAAGUUAUAGUUUUCUUCAAUGUAUUUUUAGUUACUUGGGUCACAAAUGUUCAAUUUCAGCAUAUUUUAGGGUGAGUAAUCAAAAAUGUGAAUUUGCCUUUGAUUUCCUACCACUGUCUGAGCUAUCAUAAAGCAUUCUCUUUAGUUGUGAUUUGAUUCUAUAGUCUGUUUCUAAAUGACAUUUGUCUGUUUCUUAAAUGAUCUCACAGCCAUGGUAAUAAUAGAUGUGUACUCAGAAGAUCAAUAAGGUAAUAUUGGAAUUCAUAUGUUUUUUGCAAUUAAGGCAGGCAUUUGCCAAUGUCUACUUUCAAGCAGUAGUUGGAAAGAUCUCAAUUACAGUAUAACACCUUAGAGCUAAAAACAUUUGUUCAACACAAACUAGAAUCACACCUUCUCACUAGAUAUCGCCAAGGGAAUGUGGUUUUAAAAAUAAAAAGAAAAGAAUAUAACGUAUCAUAGCAACCAGAGCUUCCCAUAUUAUUGACAAGUAGGGAUCAUUAGGUUCUGGUUUGAACAUUCUGAAUGUGAACAAAAUGAAAUAGUAGUUAAGAGGUGUUUUCCCACUCUGUUUAAAGAGAACACUGGUAAUUUUGGUUUUUCUUUCUAACUGCUUUACUGUUUCAAGUGUAUUCUUUUAAAACUCUGAUUUCGAAGGAUCAGUUGAAUUUAUACUUUAGUUAUGGGUGUUUUGUUACUUUUUUUUUGUGUCAUGACUAUGGUUCAAUUUCCUAGUAAGAAAUGGGGAUUUGUGUUUUUGGAGUCCUCAGCUCACGUCUUGUUCCUCCUUCAGCACAAGCUAAGGGAGAUCCCACCAGCACCGAUAGGUCAGUCAUUGAUGGCAAUUUGAAUGUGGAUAUUACUCUGUGAGCCACCCUGCUUCGCUUGUUUGUAAGGAGAAAUGCAUCUGGUUAUGUGAAUUUCCCAAGAGCAGCAGACAUGGAGGGCCAGACUUUAAAAGCAAUGCAAGCAGAUUCGAAGAGCUGUUGCCCUCCUCUAAAAAAGGCUUUUGUAGGCUGUGUUACAUGCAUGCCCUAAAGCAGUCAGUCUGUUAGUAUGAGCAAGACAUCCGAAGUACACAGUUGCUUUUAGGCUUGUAUAGUUAUUUUCUACACAUGCCAACACACAUGAUGAUAAAGGAACCUUUUCUAGGAGGCAUUGCAGGGUUUCAAUACACAGGACAUGUUCUAGUUACAGAAGCCUUGCUCUGCUGUCAACAAUUCGGUAAUGCUCAUUUUUUCAUGUUUUGUGAAUACUCUGGUCUUGCUGUAAGCUAAUGUCAUGGCUGUGGGAUAUAAGAGAAGUGGGGUUAUGACUCUGAAGACCAGAAGACACCAGACUUUAAAAGGGCUUAAAUUGGAAUUUGGGAACUACAGUAAAGAAACCUUCGGAUACCAAUUCCAUCCUGAAGCCCUCUGUUGAACAACAGGGCUAGAUCCUAAAGCUCUUUCAGGGAGCUCUCCCCUGGGGCUGGAACAGUUGAUUCUGCAACCCCAUUUUGUGGAGAUUGGAUCAACUGAGUUGUGUUAUUUUUGUUUUAAGUCACCUUGUGCGAGAACCUCAACCGCACCUAUCUUGGGAACCGGGUAUACCCUUUUCUUUAGCACUGCCAUCCUUUUUGUCUUCAGCACAAAUAAGAUGUUCAAGUGAGCCAGAAGCAAGAAGAGCCGUUUUAGUCUUCAUAGCUAUUGGCUAAGAGAGAUAAUGAGCUGAUGGUCUAUUUUAACCUUGAAAGUAAAAAUGUAUAUUUUUUCACUACAAGUACAUUGAACAGUAAAAAGCGUAACAGCAAAGUAUAUAUUUGAUGCCUUCUGUCUUUUCAUGAUAAUGUGCUAACAAGUUGUGUUAAUAUUUUACUCAGCCAGAGUCUCAUUCAUUUGCUAAGCAUUGGGAACAUUAUGUAUAUUGACCUUAAACAUAGGUGUCCUAUAUUUGGAUUGUGACUUGUAGACUCAAGCUAACCUUACUGCCUCUUUUUCACACUUGUUGAAGUCUGUGAAGAACAUAGUUAAAGAUCUCCAACUUUGGAAAAUAUACAUGAUGUGAAACUGGGGUGCUAUGUUAAAAAUAAAUGUAUGAUAACUAA